CUGAAAGGUAAGAUGUCUGCUACAGCUCAAACAGAAUCAGGGCCUAGAGCAGCUCAACAAGUUGGUGUACCAUCAGUUCAUACACUUUGUGUCAAUGAAAAAAAAACUGAGGCAUGCAAUCAGAACAUGCUAGUUUACAUUUUGUUUUUCCAGCACUGGGAGCUACCGAACAUGACGGAUGUAGCCAAAAAAAAAUGGAUGCUACCUUGUACUGAAAAUGCAGGGACUGUUCACCUGCAUUCUAGCCCUGCCUCCAAUGCUCGCCGGGGCUUAGUUUUUCAGCUGGCUCCCAAUCUGCCUGAACCCAUUGGUCCUCGUUAAUUCAUCACUGCUUAAUCGAACAGUAGAAUUAGUAUCUUCUACGGCAAUAUUGGAGCCCUCUUUCAGUGGUCUGCCUCUCUUGGUACCACCAGCUGCAGCGCUGUUCUUCAGCUUGGCAUCGUCAGCUUCUUGGUCGGCAUCGACCUGUUCUACAAAGUUUUCAACAUCUGCUUGAUCGAUCUUACUGGCGAAGCGCUUUUGGGGCCUUCCCCUCCUCUUCUUUGCAGGCACGACUUCUUCGCCGCUGCUACCUUUGUCGCCCCUCCUCCUUCUCCGGCCACUGCGCACAAGGGCGACGGCAAUGGCUGCUGCUGCCACAUUGGUGAGCAGUCACCGUCACCGAUCUCCACCUCAGACCACUGUCGCUCGUCCUCCAUCUCCCAGCGCCCACACCAUUCCCUGUGCGCCCACUGCCGACGAUCCCACGGUCAGCGGCCCGCUCCUCCUUCCCACGCCCGACAACUCCAACGUCGUGGCGCAGGGCCAGCGGGUGCGCCGCCGAGCGGAACGGCUUCUCGUGCACGACGACGGCCGCGGCGGCCAGGUGUGCCGCGCACUGCAGCGCCAGGAACACCGUCCCCAGGGACUCGCCCUCUCCACCGCCUCUGUUGACCAGGCAAAGGACGAGCAGCAAGGGCGUAGAACGCGGCGAGGGCACCGAUCGUCGCGACCUCUGUUCAUCUACAUCUCAGACGGAGGAGAGCAGCAGCAACGUUAACAGGUAGCUGACGGCGUGAGCAUCAGGAAAUUAAUCUGUGUCGGCAGCGGGUAAUAGAGAAAUCUUGUCUAUUCCAGAGUUUGGCCUUUCUCUAUUUUUCCAAACUGUCGAAGCCCUCUUAUAUGCCUCCAUUUCGUCGAAUCCACAUCUACCGUGUUUUAUAAUGGAAAAUUUCUCCCUACGAAGGGGAUGAGAGAGAUGUGCUGGAGUAGAGAAGGCUUGGAGAAGGGGAUAGCAGCGAAGAAGACGAUCUCGUUUGAUA